UCCCCGGCGGCCCCUCAAGGCGGGGCCUGGGCCGUGGCGGUGUCCAUGUCCGUGUCUGUGCCCGCCGUGCAGACCCAGGCCCGGCCAUGCUCCCGCCGUGCCUCCGCCCCGGGCGGCUGCUGCCGGCCCCGCCGACCCGCCCGGCCGCCACGCGGGGAGCGGCGGCUGCCACCGCAGGGGGGCCCGCCCGGGGACCCGGAGCCGGCCGCGCUGAGCAGGCUCACAAGGUGGUUGCGAGUUACAAACCCUCCAAGUUCGACAGAAAAAUCCUCCUCUGGACCGGCCGCUUCAAGACGGAAGAAGAGAUUCCUCCAAGGAUCCCGCCAGAGAUGCUAGACAGGGCAAGGAACAAAGCUCGAGUUAAAGCUUGUUACAUCAUGAUUGGCCUUUCCAUUGUUGCCUGUUUUGCAGUGAUUGCUUCAGCAAAAAAGGCUGCUGCACGUCAUGAGUCCUUAACAAGCUGGAAUUUGGCAAAGAAGGCCAAGUGGCGGAAAGAGGCUGCGCUAGCAGCGGAGUCAAAGACAAAGUAACUUUACGUGAGGUGCCAAAUGUUCUUGUAGGAGCAAAGUUAACUGUCACCAAGAACGGUUAGGGAUUUCACCAAUAAAUGGGCAACUACAGUAUUGCACACACUAGAGCUAACAAUAGUAGUUACAAGAUCACAGAAAGAAAUUGAGGUCUUUAUAAAAGAUACUAUACAUACUCGUUGCAUAUGAUUAAAACCAGUAAUUAAUUUCAGAGGAGAUGAGGUAGUUUCCUGAGAAUGGAAGGUAAGGGGCUUGCCAAGUUUCCACUAUCUCAUUAUCUGCCCUAAAACCCUUCUUUCAGGCUUGAUUUUGAGCUCUGUUACACAGAUUAAAGUUCCUUACUGAAAGAUUAGUUGUAUUUUUGAGUGAAAGGUUAAAUACAGCAAAGACCAAGCAGUUCUCUUCUACGUAGAAAGGCUGAGAGCUGGGGCUGUCCAGCCUACAGAAGAGAAGGCUUCGUGGGGACCUUAUUGCAACCUUUCAGUACUUGAAGGGGACUUACAAAAGACAGGGAAUAACUCUUUGCUCAGUUGGCUAACGAUAGGACGAGGGGGAAUGGAUUUAAACUAAAAUAGGGGAGAUUUAGAUCAGAGACUAGGAAGAAAUUCUUCAGAGGGUGGUGAGGCACUGGCACAGGUUGCCCAGAGAAGCUGUGGAUGCCCCAU